ACUGCUAUCUAUACCAGUCUGUUAAAAUUAUGGUCUGAUGUUUAUUUUGACAUUUGACAGUUCCCUGUCUUCAUCGUAUUUAGAUUGUAACGGUGUAUUCCAUUUGUUCUUGAAUUAAUUCUAAGAUAACAUUGCUGUGCUAAAAAACAUCCAGUAGAUGACAAUGAUCGGAAUGAUGGCUCUAACAUAUCUUUUUCUAGCUGGACUAGGCGCUUUUCUCUACAUGUACAUGGUACAUCCAGUCAUCUUUAUUCAUCUGUAUUUCAGAAUAUCAGUGUGGUUGAGUGGUCUCAAGCUGAAAUAUGUAAACAUCGACGACAUGACAAUCUGCUAUGGUGAAAAAGGGAAAAGAAGAAAGGGCCAGCCCUCGAUGAUACUGCUUCAUGGAUUCACAGCCUGCAAGUUUAUGUGGUCUCCCCUAGCUAAGAACCUGUCACAUGACUGUCAUGUGAUCGCAGUUGACCUCCCAGGUCAUGGUGACAGUGACACGCCCACAGAAGAUGAAGACAUCUCACAUACAACCACUGUCAAGAAAAUGAAUCAGAUCAUAUGCAGACUUGGCCUGGAGGAGGAACCAUUCCAUCUUGUGGGCAUGUCUAUGGGUGGUGCACUAGCAGGCUUGUAUGCAGCUCAAUACCCUGAACAUAUACACUCCCUCACACUCAUAUGCCCAGCCAUGCGUACCCCGAUAGAGAGCCCCUUCUGGGGUGACAUCCAUGCUGCCCUGGAGCAGGGCAUGACCAACCUGCAUGAGAAAUGUACCCUCCUGUUUCCCCAGUCCGCACACCAAGUACAGGACAUGUUGCGUUUUGUACAGUUCAAUAACAGCUGGGUACCAAAACAGAUUCUGCAGGGAGUAGUGGAUUUUAGGAAGAACUAUUACCCAUUUUAUGCGAGAUUGUUCAACAUGAUAGCUCAGCCAGACAACCACCACUUGUUACGAGACUGUGCCACUAAAAUAACUGCUCCAACACAGAUUAUUUGGGGGGAGGAAGACCAGGUAAUUCAUGCAUCCGGAGCAGCAGUGUUGAAAGAACUGUUACCCAAUUGUGUGCGGGUAGAUCUCAUUCCACGAUGUGGACAUUCCAUGAGCACAGACAGGCCGGGGGCCAUGACCAAGGCCUUACUGACAUUCAGGAGUGGAUUAGAGCAAAAAACCAGAUAACAGGAAGUGGUGGAAUAUGGUGUAGUGUUCUGUUCAUAUAAGAACUGAAAAAACAGGAAGCGGUUGAAUUUACUGUAGAGAUAAGAACAAGAAAAUAGGGAUUGGUGGAAUUUUACUACCAAGUUUUCCAUUUUUAACGUACGACUAAUGAACCAGCGAGCUGCUUUAAGAAGAAUCCUAUGAGAGAUUUUCAAAAGUGCUUGUGGUAUUGCACAUUUUUAAAACCUUCCUAGGAACAAAAUUGCUCCUAAAAUCUUGAUGACAGGAGCCCCUGGUAGAAGAAAGUGGUCAAAAGAGUUAUAAUUUCAAUGAAGUAUUUUGUGAUAAUUCAAAACCAGACAAAUGGAAGUUAUUGAAUCUGAUGUAAUUAUGUUCAGAAUAAUAUUAGGUGCCAAAAACUUGCCUCAUGGCACUUCAUCAAAUUAGCUCUUCAAGUUGUGUUGAUAAGCUUGGAUUCAGUUCUUUUAUCUUUUACCUGAAACCAGUUGAUCUUCAGUGGAAAAGAGUGAAAAAGAAAAUUUCAGAAUGUUGUUUGUUUGACAUAAUUGAGCGAAGAAUUUAUGGUUGUUUUUAUUAUCUGAAAUUAGUUUUAUUGGAUACAGAAGGAUGUGGAAUUUUGUGUACCUCACUACUGAGCAUGUAACUUGUUUGUUAAGAGAAAAAGUAAUGUAUGAAAUAUAGCUUCAUAAUCUCAUAAUUUCCAUCUUACCAAUGCCCAUAUUGUAUAAAUGAUUUUUUGAAUUGAUAUAAAAAUAUUCAUAUAUAAAUAUACAUAGUUUUGACACUGAAGUCAAAAGUGCCCUUUCUCACCUAGAACCCUACCCUUUUCAAAUCCUGGCUGGAGCACUGCCACUUUUGGAAUGUCACUUUUAGUAAAUAUAUUGUCUUACAUACCUGUGAAUAGUUACAAGAGCAUUUGUUUUAAAAUUACCAAGGAUCUACUUCUCAUAUUAUGAAACAUAUUAAAAGUGUUUCCUUGCCUGAAAUGAAUGAUAAGUCAAGGUUAUAGUUAUGUAAUUGUUGAGGAUUAUUCUAUAAUUAUGUUAAAUUUUUAAUAAUGUUGAUACCAGUGACAAAUACCUCAGGGCUAUUACCAUAUUGUGAUAUUGUGUGUUUUGUAAAUUGAUGUCAAUUCUUUAAUUAACGUUAAAAUAUGUAGGAAUGAAAUAUGAUGUCAUGUCUAAAUAUAGUGUCUUAAAACAAUGAUGUCAUUAUCUUUAUAUUUUUUUACAUUUCAAUGUAGGCCAAUUAUCUAUAGUUAAAACCACAGGCGUCUAAAUCAUUGUUUGUCUCUCACAUGUUGAUUAUUAUCAUUUUGGGUACAUAUAAUAAGAUAAACGGCACAUCUGAAGAUAUCUUAGGCUUUUGAUAUACAAGGAAGUUUUUUGUUUAUCUCAUUAUAUGUACCCAAAAUGAAAUUGAUCAACAUUUUAGAGAAACAAUGAUUCAGACGCCGGGGGUUCACACAUGAAUAUUAGGCAUUAAUUGUGUAGAAUAUUGUGUAGAAUAUUGAACAUUGUAAAGAAGACCUUUUAUGAAUUACCAAUACAUACAACAUGUAUGUUUAAGUAAGGUCAGUAUGAUUUGUACAUGUAUGUUUUUUAUAAUUAUUGCUAGUGAAUCAGAAAAUCAGCGCCAGUAAAUAUUGUGAUGUGUCAGGGUUUUUUUCUGACCCAAUUUACCGUAAUUUUGAAUCAAUAAGCAACAAUAACUGACUUAAUUUUUCAAGAACUCUCUUUAAGAUCAAAUUUAAGAAUUUAAAAUGUUUUUAUUUACAAAAUAGUCCUUUAAACACAAAGCAAAUUGUUCAAAUCUUUGCUAAAAUUAACCAUGUGAUUAAUAACUAGAUUGUGAAGUAUUUCAUGAUAUGUUUAUAUAUUUGAAUAAACAAGUGCAGUUUAAACAGUUGGCUCAAGUCUUGUUAGAAAAACAGCAGAUCACAUGUGUAUCCAUUAAACUUCCAGAGCAGUAACAAUUUGAAAGUUAACAAAAAUAAAGUUAACAACAAUAACGUUAACAAUGUUGUUAACUUUUACAAAGUUCUGAACAAUUGACCAAUAGUUUGUUUCAAUUUUUUAAUGUUCAUUUAUAAAUGUUAAAUAGGAUGUUUUAAUAAGUAAUCUGUGUUGAUUGUGUGCAAUAGAUUUCAAUGUUAUAAAGCAUUUUAUUCCAAGUCAUUUUAUAGUUUUAGUGCUUUUUCCCUUUACUUUUUUUUAGUGGUUGGUGUUGUCGCCAAAACUAUUUUUGUGUUUGUUAAAACUAUUUGUGUCGGGUUAACAAACAUCAUGUUUUUUAAUCAAAAGUCACUGCUGUACUCUAACUGCAUAAGUGAUGCAUGUACACUCAUGAAAAAUUAUGUAUUAUGAAAGAGCAUGUUUAAUGAGAUGGGAGUUUUCCUGUUUCCAAAUAUUGGGUCUUACAAAUGUGUUGACUGAAGAUAAUGUAAAUGCAUUUUGCUUUAUACGAUCUGUUCCAAGUCGUCAUAGCACAUUAUACCAAUUUUACUGAAACAUUUAUAUUGUCAGGUUGUCUGUUCAUAUAGUUUAGAAGUGUUACAUGCAUGUUUAUAUUCGCAGGUCUGAUAUAUUCUGUGAACAGAUUGUUUGCUUAAAAUUAGUAAAAGAUUGCCUGCUUCUACAUCUACAAUUACAGUUUUUAUAAAGGUUGUACGAUAAUUAAAAAUAUUGUGAAAGGUUGGUAAAACAGUUGGAUUAAAUCCCACAAUGGAACAGAAUAAAUUUUCUAAUCAAGUUCCGGAUGUUAGUGCAGUGUAUUUUCAAUGUCUAUAUUGAAACAUGUUAGUUUAUUAACAUUUUCAGAAUUCAUUCACUCCGAUCUUCAAAAUUUGUUCAUUCACUCCGAUCUUCAAAAUGUGUUCAUUCACUCCGAUCUUCAAAAUUUAUUAAGAUCAUCCAUUUAAAACAAUUUUGUGUCUUAAAUACACCAUAUAUUAAUAUAUAUUAUUGUCACUCUGACUCUUUCAUGUUGUCUAUUCACAGAUGAACACAGCUAUUUUGUCAAUGUUUAAAAUUGUGGAAAAAAUAUAAAUAUUUGCUAUAUUCCUGUAAAAUAAA